AUGGCCCGGGGACUCAAGAAGCCACCAAAGCGCCGGCGGCUUGGGAGGCCCUGCCGAACUGCCACCUCGCAGGAGCAGAGCGUCAUGGCUUCGAAGGACUCGGUGGACGCUGCCACGGGCAGCUGGGCAGCCGAGGCCGUCGCCCAUGCCCGCAUCUUGCUGGGCGAAAGGCCACCCGAGCACGGUGUUCCGGAGGCGGCGGCGAUGCUGUCAGCUGUCCUUCUGAAACUGCCAGACCUGUGGUCUGAGCUCGCCCAGGAUAUGCUGCUUGCUUUCGGAAGCACUUCCACUGCGAAUGAUGUCUCCGGCAGCGCCAGGAGUCGCAGCGGAGGAUCGGCAUUCGUAGCUGGCCGCGAAGACUUGGCUGCGAGAUCAAGGAGGCUACUCCUCUCAGCUGUGGCAUCGGCAGUAUGUCCCGUCCGCAGCAAGGCGGGAAAUUCUAGGCCGCUCGCCGCCGCGUCGUCCGUGGCGCUCCAGUGCCUGCUGGGCGAGGCCGAGGCCGACGAGGGGAAGUUCAUUGCUGCCUUCCAGUCCCUGAGACGUGCAGAGGCCCUGGCCAAGCAAGCUGGCGACGUCAAUGGAUCCAGCAGGGCUGAAGCCGCUCUCGAUGGGCUCCGAGCAGCCGCUUUGCAGAGAUGGCACUUCCAGAUGAUCAAUGAUGUGCCGCGAGGGGAGCAGUACGGGCGGGCCAUCGCCUUGGCGGUGGCUCAGCUCGCAGAGAGGCCCCAGGUGCGGGCACGAGGCGGUGUCACCGCUUUGGAUAUCGGCACCGGAACGGGUCUGCUGGCUCUCAUGUGCGCGCGGCAACAGGGUGUGCAACAAGUCCAUGCCUGCGAGAUGAACGAAGCACUCUGCGCGAUUGCCAACGAGGUCAUCGCCUCACAGACUACACCUCACUGCCCGAUCACAUUGCAUCCCAACGUCAGCACAGCACUCUCCUUGGAGGAACGUGUCGACCUGGUGUUCUGCGAGGUCUUUGAUGCAGGCUUGCUGGGCGAGCAUGCCUUGCCGACGAUUCUCCACGCUCGACAGGCACUUUUGCGAGAAGGGGGUCUUCUUAUCCCAUCUUGUGCACAGCUUUUCGGGCAGCUGGUGGAGGCUCCGAAGCUUUUGGAGCGGUUUGCGGUGCUGCGAUCCCCGACCGGAGCCUCAUUGAAGGGAGCGAGGCUGCGCAACAGUGAGCGCUACAGCUGCGAGACGAUGUCCACGAUUCCGCACGUGAAGCUCACAGAUCCGAUUCCCCUCGUGAAGCUGGAUUUUCAGGAGAUUGAAUACUUGUACAGCAACUUGGGCAACUGGAUCGAUCCUCCAGUCGAACUUCGCGCCACUCGCGCUGGCAUUGCGCAGUUCCUGGUGUACUGGUGGGAGAUUGUCUUGGAUACAGAGGGUCACUGUCGCAUCAACACCGCACCGGAAGGAGGUUGUGAGUCCUGGGAGCAAGCCGUGAGACCCCUUGCUGGCUGGGACUCCGACGAAUGUCUUCGGGUAAGAGACGGCGACCUCCUCCACCUCCACCUCCGCAUGCAGGCUGAUGGCAUCGACGUACUGCUGCAGGAUGCGAAGAACUCCCAGGAUCCCGUCACAGAACAGGCAGUCCUGCACCCAGUUCCUUGGUCCUUGAGUGUUGCAUGGUUGGACACAUCUGCAUGCAGUGUGCUAGACAAUGGCUGCAUUGGCAUUGACACAGCUAUGAUGAGCCCAGCCAUUUGGGCCGCAGAUUCCAAGUCCCUGCAAGCCCUGACCGGCCGGUUUGCUUGCAGCAUGGCACCCGCAUGGUGGCGGAACUUGGGCACACAGUUCGAUAUCUCUUCCAUUUAUGCAGUUGCUCGUGGGGCACGAUUCCCUCCUGACGAGGCAACAGUUAAGGGCAAAGACCUUCUACUCAAGACAGAUGUGGGAGCGGCCCACAUACUUGACGCCAACGUAGGCCUUGGCAUUAAUUACGCGGUUAUGGCAUGGCAUUGGACCAUGGUCCUGGUCUUCGUGGUGACGUACUUCGGGAUUGUGGCUCUAACCACGUCGAUGCAUGAAGGCAUUCCGUGGCUGACGCUGGUGCAAAAGCUCCUCGUGUUCUGGAACAUGUGGGAAGCCCUAGGGCUUGGUGUCAUCUCGGGACCAAUGCAUGCCAAAGUGAAUCCACCGUUUCAGGACUGGUGGUAUCGAUGGACUGUUGGCACCAUGAAGUACAAUGCCCCCUUCCUGCCUUGUCUGCCCAAUCGCAGAAACUAUUUGGAUGUGCUCGUGGAGGGUGUCUUGAUGUACCUGCUGACGGUUCGCGUGCUUGUGUCCCCGGAAGUCACUCCUGCACUGAUGUGGCCGUUAACGGCCUGUCUGAUCUAUGAGUUUCUCUUCGACUAUGGGCAGCAUAUGCACACAUAUGGUACCCAAACGAUGUACUGCUUCUUCUGCAUGUGCUUCACUGUGGAGCAGGGUCAAGUCGCGGGCCUGCAGCUGUUCAUGACCUGGUUUUACUUGUGCUCUGGUUGGUGCAAGAUCGGGCCAUGGUUCAAGUACUUGAACGUGAGCAACCUCUGGUCUGCAAAGUACAUGGUGAGCAUGCCUUGGUCGGACUGGUAUCGGCGAGUCAUGUACAAAGGAUACAAAGACUCGGAUCCGGAUUACCACCUUACCCUGGCCGCUACGUUUUUCUCAGCCGCCUGUGCAGUCAGCGAGACUCUGGGGCCAAUGCUGGUGCUCUCGAACAACGACUCGGUGGUGACCUUUGGCAUCAUCUUCAUCUGCUGCAUGCACCUUUACAUCAUCUCUACGCUUAUCGUGGAUGUCUUCACCUGGAACUUCGUGGACGCCUUGUUGUACAUCUUCCUCUUCGGUUGCUAUGGGCCUGCGGUAGGCGGUCCUAUGGGUUUGCAAUGGCACGACGUUCCAAAAGUCCAUCCGGCCAUGGCUGCCUUCCUUUUGGCACAUGCCUUCUACAGUGUCUACGGCAACUUUGUCCCAAGCCAGGUGCCCUAUGUAGUGGCGCACCGACACGCUGCCGGGAACUUUGCGCAGGGUGUUCUCCUUGUGCGGGUAUCGGCGGCCGCCAAACUGGGCAAGGUGGUCGCACACAGCGGCUGCCCUGUGGUGAAGGGCGCUCCUGCCCCAGGAUGGAUGGGAGAGUGGCUUGGCUUCCACCUUCUGAUGGCCUACUUCUGGUUCUGGAACUUGCCCAACCGGAUGCUUCUCCCUUUGACCUUCGACCAGCUGCAAGUUUUUGGCGGAAGGGAGGAGGACUUCAUUAUGUUGCACUCGGUGUUGGUGUUCGACGCCUUGGCCGCACACGUCCGAUUUGACGGCCUCAGUAGUCUCGCCCUGGAGGGCGAGUGCACGCUGUGUUGGGUCGGGGGAUUCCAGUCUUUCCCGGUGCAGCUCUUCUCCGACCCCAGCGCCAUGUGGAAGGUGGUGGACAGCAAAAAAGGUGUCGUUCGAGAAGGCACCUAUACGGUCCAGGACGUGGAGGAUCCUGCAUACAAAAAGCCAUCGGACUGCAGAGAUCUCAAAAUCGCAAAGAAGCUCUCGAUGUCACGUGCUCUGGUGCCGGAUGACGACCUUGUCGAGUUGCCGCUUGAAGAAGAAGAGCUCAUGCGCUUCAAUGACACCGGCCACUGGCAGGCGGUCAAAGAAGCCAUGACCCGAGCACUCUCGUGUUUGGCGCCGGGCUCCUUCGUGCAGUUACUGGAUAUUUCUGAUGCUUUACCCCUUUCCCUUCUACUUGCUCCUGAGCUUUGUGCCACGGCUUCGAGAUGGGAUGCUGUCUGCUGUUUGCGAAGCCGCGCUGAGAAGCAGGCUCUACUUUCGCUGAUAGCCUCAAGCUCGCUGGACGCAGAUCGUGUGCAUAUUCUAUUGGCAUCGACGCAGCAACUGAUUCAGGCAGCAUUGCCGUCUCCAUUUCCACCGAACGGUGCUGGUGCAGAGGCCACUCUGCAGUCUACACCAUCGGCCAGCCUCAUCAUCUGCGAGGAUAUUGUGGGAGCUUCCGGCGCCCUGCGGGCAGAAGCUCUCGAGGAUUUGGCGCUCCUUUGGCGCACCUGCUCAGGGCGACACGGCCGAGAGCUACGAGUUGUCCCCGAGACCAUCGUGCUGAAGCUGUCUCUCAUUGAGAGUGACGAGCUGGAGAGGCGCACUCGUGUAGUGGAGCGUCCUGGUGGAGUUGAUGUCUCCGAAGUGAACGCACUGAGCGUUUCCGACUUCCUGAGUCUUGAAGAAUCACUCUUGAAGCCGAGAUGCUUAUGCAAGGAGGUGGAGGCCCUCUCGCUGCCCUUGGGCCCCUCCCUGCUCACGGCACUCGCAGCUCUCAGCGCACGUGAAAACGGAGCACCUCUGUUGCGCUUGAGGCUGACAGCAGAAAGUUCUGGGAAGGUCCACGGCAUCGUCACACGUUUUGCGUGGCCAGGAUCAGCAGGCCAGAGCUGGGACAAGAGGUUGGCAGGAGUUCUUUGGCCAUGUGAGGGAAGGAACAAGCCGCCACACCUGGAGGUCGGCGACAGCGUGGUUGUGACGGUUGGGUACACGCCUGCACGUGACCCCAGUUUGUUUGGAGCGCGCCAGCAGCGCCACGAGAAAACAAGAAAUGCCAGCUCCGUCAUUAAAUCCGAAUGUAUCUCUGCAGGGCAUCAGGUCGGCUGCAAGGCCUCGGAUGGUGUCGGCACGUGGGCAUCCGCGGGCAAGUCUCUCCCUUCGGACCUUAUGGUGGCCUUGCGCCGGCAGAGGAGAGGUGUUGCAGACUUUGAGUACGAGCAGUUUUUGAAGGCAAAGGAGGUACAGCGGGCCAUGUUCAAGGCGGAGAACAAGACGAUCGUUCAUCAGUGUGCGGACACGGAUGUGAUCGAGGCCAGCGAAGGCUCCAUUGCAUGCAUCGAUGGGAACCAGGCAGCAGCUCACGUGGCCUACGCCCUCAGUGACUGCGCCUUCAUCUACCCCAUCACACCAAGCUCCCCGAUGGGCGAGAUGGUUGACGAGUGGGCUGCUCAAGGUUUGAUCAAUUGCUAUGGCCAGAAACUAUCCGUCACGGAGAUGCAAAGUGAGGCGGGUGCUGCUGGAGCCUUGCAUGGCGCCUUGAAAGCAGGAGCUUUGGGCACGACCUUCACCGCAAGCCAGGGGCUGCUUUUGAUGAUCCCCAACAUGUUCAAGAUUGCAGGUGAGUUGCUUCCAUGUGUAAUGCACGUGGCUGCACGGGCCCUUGCAGGACAGGCCUUGUCCAUCUUUGGGGAUCACAGCGAUGUGAUGGCCUGCCGCUCUACGGGCUGGGCCAUGCUGGCUUCGGAGUCCGUGGAGAUGGUGCAGUACAAUGCCCUGGUCUCCCACCUCGUCUCCAUGGAGCGUCGUGUGCCGGUGCAGCACUUCUUCGAUGGAUUCCGCACGAGCCACGAGGUCAACAAGGUCAAGUUGGUGGACUACAAGACCAUGAAGGAUUUCGUCAACUGGGAUGCCAUCAAGGAGCACCACGACCUUGCUAUGAACCCACGGCAUCCUCACGUGCAGGGGACGUCGCAGGGUCCAGACAUCUUCUUCCAGUGCGUGGAGGCCGGCAACACCUUCUACGACAACCUCGCAGACCUCUUUGAGGCCAAAUCCCGCUUGGUGGAGCAGAAGACAGGUGUGCACUAUGCUCUCUAUGCCUACGAGGGGCAUCCAGAGGCCACCAACGUCAUCGUGGUGAUGGGCAGUGGCGCCGUGACCUGCAGCGAGACUGCAAAGUACCUCCAUGACAAGGGCCAGAAGGUGGGAGUGCUGAAGGUGCGCCUCUUCCGGCCUUGGGACACUUCCCGAUUUUUGGCGGCCCUCCCAAAGACGACAGAGAGAAUCUGCGUGCUGGACCGGACCAAGGAGCCAGGCUCUCAGGGGGAGCCGCUCUUCCUGGAGGUCUCCUCUACACUGCAGCUGUCAGGGAGAGCCGACAUCAUCUGCAUUGGUGGCCGCUAUGGCCUGGGCUCCAAGGAAUUUACUCCCAACAUGGUGCUCUCCAUCUACGAAAACCUGGCCAAGGAAACCCCGAAGCCACGCUUCACCGUGGGCAUCAACGACGAUGUGACGAACCUCUCGCUGCCUGUUGGCGACUGGCUGGACGUGCUCCCACAGGGCACUACGGAGUGCAUGUUCUACGGCUUGGGCAGCGACGGCACCGUGGGCGCCAACAAGAGUGCAGUGAAGAUGAUCGCGCUGGGCACGGAGCUUUAUGCUCAGGCCUACUUUGAGUACGAUGCUAAGAAGAGCGGUGGUGUUACCAUCAGCCACCUCCGCUUCGGCCCCAAGCCUAUCCAUGCACCCUACAACGUGCGCUCUGCCAAUUACCUCGCCGUGCACAAGUCCAGCUAUGUCACCAACUACGACAUGACCCGCUACUUGAAACCAAACGGCGUUUGCGUCAUCAACUGCUCCUGGACCCCGGCCGAGCUCGAGAAGCACCUGCCCGCGAAGAUGCGCCGAGACCUGGCCACGAAGCAGGCGAAGCUCUAUAGGGCGAAGCUGUACAUCAUCGAUGCGACGCAGAUCGCCGUGAAGGCAGGCCUGGGCAAGCGCAUCAACAUGAUCAUGCAGUCCGUCUUCUUCAAGCUCUCUGGCGUCAUGCCCUACGAGGAGGCCAUCGAGAUGUUGAAGAAGAGCAUCAAGAAGAUGUAUGGCAAGAAAGGUGAUGCCGUGGUCAAGAUGAACAUCGACGGCGUGGAUGCGUCGGUCACGGGCAUCGUGGAGUGCCCGGUGCCGAGUUCCUGGGCAUCCCUCACCGUGGAGGAGCAGUCUGGCGAGUCAUCCACUUUCAAGAAGGGACCCAGGACUAUUGUGGACAUGACCUCAGAUCAGUUUGCAAAGCAAGUCCAAAGUCAUUGCAACAAUCUGGAUGGGAAUGCCUUGCCCGUGAGCACCUUCGUCCCUGGUGGCCGUGUGCCCUUGGGUACCAGCCAGUAUGAGAAGCGUGGCAUCGCCAUCAACGUGCCCACAGUUGACAUGGACAAGUGCACGCAGUGCAACAAGUGCAGCCUUAUUUGCCCCCACGCUGCCGUGCGGCCCUUCCUGGCCACCACGCAGGAGCUGAGCAAUGCCCCCCAGGACUUCAGGGCUGGCAGCCGUGCUGCCAUUGGCGGCGGCGUGCUGGACAACUACCAGUACCGCAUCCAGGUCUCCCCAUGGGACUGCACGGGCUGCGAGCUCUGCGUCCGUAUCUGCCCGGCCGAUGCGCUGAAGCUGAGCCCAGCUGGGCAGGUGAUCCAGCAGGAGGAGCCGAACUGGAACUUUGCAGUGACGCUGCCGGACCGAGGUGAUGAGAUUGACAAGACGACUGUCAAGGGCUCCCAGUUUCAGAAACCAUAUCUUGAGUUCUCGGGAGCCUGCGAGGGCUGCGGCGAGACACCGCACGUGAAGCUCAUGACCCAGCUUUUCGGAGAACGGCUGGUCAUCGCUAAUGCCACUGGCUGCUCCUCGAUCUGGGGCGGAUCCAAUCCGUCCUUCCCAUACACGGUCAACAGCAAGGGCGAGGGCCCCGCCUGGGCAAACUCCCUCUUUGAGGACAACGCAGAGUUCGGCUUUGGCAUGCGCAAGGCCUUCAAGCAGCGCCGGGACUACUUGGCCAUGCAGGUCGAGGACGCCCUGGGCGACAAGACUGUGAUCAUGUCCGACGAGCUGCGCCAGGCCCUCCAGCAGUACCUGGUCAUGCGCAAGGAGCAGAUGCAUGACCUCCUGCUGCCCCGCGGCCGCAGCAUCUACCAUCAAAUCAUGGAGAAGUUGGAGCCCCUCCUUUUGAAGGAGAAGGACAGUCACCCCAAGUUGAAGUACCUCCAUGAUCUGGAGGACAUGUUCGGCCGCUCCAGCUUCUGGAUGGUCGGCGGCGACGGCUGGGCAUACGACAUCGGUUACGGCGGCCUGGACCACGUCAUCGCCAGUGAAGAGCACGUGAACAUCCUUGUGCUGGACACGGAGAUGUAUAGCAACACUGGCGGCCAGGCUUCGAAGUCCACGCCCAAGGGUGCCAUGGCUAAGUUUGCCGAGGGCGGUAAGUUGACAGCGAAGAAGGACAUGGGGCAGCUGGCCAUGACCUACAAGAACGUCUACGUGGCCAGCAUCUGUGUGCACGUAAACCCGCAGCAGGCUGUGAGGGCCAUGCUGGAGGCCGACGCCUAUGCAGGCCCUAGCAUCAUCCUGGCUUACUCUCCGUGCAUCAGCCAGGGCUUCCCCAUGGCAGAGUCCAUCCAGCACUGCCAGAUGGCGGUGGACUCGGGCUACUGGCCGCUCUAUCGCUACAACCCUGACGCUGCCACUCAUGGCAACAACCCCUUCCAACUUGACAGCAAGAAGAUUAAGGGUGACCUCUUCAAGUUCCUGGCCAAGGAGAACCGCUUCGCGGCCGUGAUGCGCCGCGACCCUAAGCACGCCCAGGAGCUGGAUGACAAGCUGAAGGAGCAGCUGGUCCAGAAGAACCACCUCCUGCAGGUCUUAAACAAGGACGAUCUGGAGGGCCAAUUCCACAAGCUCGUGGAGGGCCUCUCGGAUGCUAGCUCCGCUGGCAACUCUGUGACCAUCCUCUAUGGCAGUGAGACGGGGAACUCAGAGGAGCAGGCCAAGAACCUCAUGCAGGACAUCAUGGCUCGGGGGCUCAAGGCCACUUGCACAGCCAUGGACGACUUCGACUUUGAAGAGCUGCCCAACCAGAAGAUCGUGAUCCUGGUUGUCUCCACCUGUGGUCUCGGCGAGUACCCGGCAAACUGCAAGCAGACAUGGAUGAAGCUUCAGUCCCAGGAGCUGCCAAUGAGCUGGCUGUCGGGAACCAAAUUCGCCGUUUUCGGCCUUGGCGACUCCACCUACUCGCAGUUCUGCGUGGCGGCUAUCGGCUUUGACACCCGCCUCGGCGAGCUGGGCGCCCAGCGCAUGCUCAAGCGUGGCGUCGGCGACGAUCGGGAUGAGGACCGUUACUACACCGGCUGGGAGGCUUGGCUCCCGGAGCUCUGGCAGGUGCUUGGCCUCCCACAGCUGCCGCUGAGCCAAGAGGCCCCGACCCCGUGCUACCGGGUGGAUGUCAGUGCCGGGUCCGUGGAGAAGCCCCCGGUGAAGGAUGAUGACAUCGUCCCGCCCGGCGCCACCAAACUCACCCUGCUGCACAACUCCGUCCUCACGGGUGAUGCCAAGUAUGACCGGGACAUCCGCCACUACGAGUUCAAGAUCGAGGGUACGUCAGUCUCCUACAAGACCGGCGAGAGCUUGGCCAUUUGGCCGCGGAAUCCUAUCGACAAGGUCCUGGAGUUCUGCACUGACAUGGGGCUUGAUGCAGGCCAGCAGCUGCGCGUGCUGCCACUGGAGGGUGCCAGGAACUGGUGUCCUAUGGACCUCAAUGUCCGCCAGCUCUUCUCCCAUGUCCUCGACAUCUUCGGCAAGCCCAACCGCAAGUUCUUUGAGACUUUGUCGCUCUUUGCCAAAGACGACAAGGAACGAAGCCAGCUGCGAUCCAUCGUGGAGAACAGCGCCGAGGGCCAAGCUCUGUACCGUGACCUCACGCACGACUUUGCUCACCAUGCGGACGUGCUGCGGAAGUUCCAAAGCGCCCGCCCUCCCAUCGAGCAGCUGCUGAAUAUGAUUCCGGUGCUGAAGCCCAGAAGUUAUUCCAUUGCUAGCUCCCCGCUUAUGCACCCAGACAAGAUCCAGCUUUGCGUUGUGCUUGUAGACUGGAAGGUUGAGACCACCCAGGAGCUGCGAAUCGGCGAGUGCACCGGCUACAUGCAAAAACAGCAGCCCGGUGCUUCGAUCAUGUGUGCUGUGCGUUCCAGUGCCAUCGUCCUGCCGAAGGAUCCGAGCAGCCCAGUUCUCAUGGCUGGCAUGGGCACGGGCUUGGCACCGUGGAGGGCGGUCACGCAGGAGCGUAUUUGCCAGCAUCGCCAGGGCCAGAAGGUGGGCCCGUGCAUGCUCUUCUUCGGCGCACGUUAUGCCGUCGAGUAUCUCUACAAGGACGAGUUCGAGAGCUACGUCAAGGAGGGCGUGCUCUCCAUGCACACGGCUUUUUCGCGCGAGCAGGCUCGAAAGAUCUACGUUCAGCACCGCAUCAUGGAGGCCGGUGAGAAGGUGGCCGAGUACAUGCUGCGGCAAAACGGCCAUUUCUACGUCUGUGGCAGUGCCCGGCAAGUGCCAGAGGACAUUUACACGGCCAUGAAGGAGGUGAUGAUGGCCAACGAGCGCGUGGGUGAGGAAGACGCCGAAGCCAUCCUUUCCAACUUGAAGAUGGAGGGACGCUACACUGUGGAAGCGUGGUCGUAG